UCCGAAGUAAACAACUCAAAAUGUAUCGACAAAAUCGAUGGAAACUUGCCAUUUUAAUUGUAAUUAUUGCAAAAAUAACAUCUGGAGUUAAUGGAGCACUGGACGGAUCGGGCAGAUGUGGAGCCUACGAGUGCCGGUCCAGUAAUCCGAUCUGCCGGUGCGAGUCCUUCUGCCAGGAGUGGAGCCAGCGGUGCUGGAAGUCCCCCACCGGAUGCCACUGCGCCCGGGGCUAUGCCCGGGAUAACCAUGGCAACUGCAUACCCCUCACCCUGUGCCCCUGAUGAUAAUCGGGUUCUAUAAUUAAAUCCCAGCUGCAUAAUGCUUACAAAUUGUAUAUUAAUUGAGUUAAAUUUAGCGAAAGCCUGAAUUCAUUGUCCAUUUUUUCCGCCAAAAAAAAAGUAAAUAAAAAUAAAAAUGUAAAUAAAAAACAGUUGCUAUAUUAUGUUGGAGGUGAAAAAAAAGGAAAUUUCUGAAUGGAUAAUGGCCAGGUAUGAAUGUCCAUGUUAAUUGGGAGGAAAAAAACAUGAAAACCGCGACUGCCAAAUGUCAUUUAACAAAAAAAAAGGGGGGAAUUUUAACGCAAAAAGUUGAUUUUACAAUUAAAAGUUUUUGCAUAAAGUUUGUACAUUUAUUUGCCAUUUUGUCAAAUUAGUGGCAAUCAUUGUUAUGAUAAUCUAAUUAUGUUAAUUAUGGAAUUACAAGAGGGACAUUUUUUACCAUUUUUUAUUUGUUUUUAGAUUUAUUUUUGCUUUAGUUACAUUUUUCACUGAAAAUAUCUUUGUUUCUAGCUGUUUUUUAGACUAUAAGCAGUUGAAAUUAUGUAAGGAAAUCCAAGUAGUCCUGGGAUAUGAACCAAGUAGUCCUUGGAAUCGAACAAACGAGUCAUCUGUCAGGAAAAAGUUGAGGCCCCAAGGCCCAGCUCGGUCUAAACUCAUUCUGAAACCAAACCCCAAACACAACAGACGCUCCAGCUCUACAAACAACUCAAAAAAUAACUAACUAAUAUUACAAAAUAAUAAAUAAUAAUAGUGAAUAAUAAUAAUUAAUUUGAAAACUAAAAAAAAACAAAAUUUGUAGGCGAAAAAAAAAAUUGUUAUUAAAUUGUGAUUUUUUUGGCUUUUGAGAAAUUUGAAUUUUUUGGUAAUUAAUUUUUGUCCUCCCACGAUGGUGAGUCGAGUGGUGAAGAAUAAGGAGCAACCGGAGGACAUCAAGGGGAUAAAUACCAGGAGCAAGACGGCCAUUCUGCAAUCGCCGAGCAAACGACUGAAGGAGCACAAGAAGCUGGUCGUCAGGAUGAAAGUGAUGGCCAAGCAAGGACAAAUGGACAACACCAUUAUGGUUAAGGUUGAGAAGAAUACUUCCAUUCAAUCUUUAAAGAUGUUGUAAAGAACGACGCACGAACCACGAACGAUUAACGAAAAGAUCGAAGCUACACCCAUAUAUUUUCUUAAGAGCAAGCCAAUAAGUUAUAUAUAUUUUGUACUCCCGUUCAUAUGGAUUUAAUUGCACUUUAGUUAGUUAGUAACUAAGUUACGCGUACACAACAACAACAACGACGACGACGGACCAAUAUCCCUCCCCUUCCCGACAGUGACAAAGGAAGACAUUACUUUCUAAUAAACAAAAAUACACAAAAGUG